CUGAGCGGUGGCACUGAGGCUAUGGGUAGCCAGGAGGUGCUGGGCCAGGCAGCCCGGCUGGCCUCCUCGAGUCUCCUGCUGCAGGUAUUGUUUCGAUUAAUCACUUUUGUCUUGAAUGCAUUUAUCCUUCGCUUCCUGUCUAAGGAGAUCGUGGGCAUAGUGAAUGUCAGACUAACCCUUUUUUACUCAACGGCCGUCUUCCUGGCCAGGGAGGCCUUCCGAAGAGCCUGUCUGAGUGGCGGUGCUCAGCGGGACUGGAGACAGACCCUCAACCUCCUGUGGCUAACUGUCCCCCUGGGUAUAUUUUGGUCCUUACUCCUGGGCUGGGUCUGGUUGCAGUUGCUUGAAGUGCCCGAUCCAGAUGUGGUGCCCCACUACGGAGCUGGGGUGGUGCUCUUCGGUCUCUCAGCAGUGCUGGAGCUUCUGGGAGAGCCUUUCUGGGUCCUGGCACAAGCACACAUGUUUGUUAAGCUCAAGGUCGUUGCUGAGAGCAUGGCCGUCAUCUUCCGGAGUGUCCUGACGGCUUUCCUUGUGCUGUGGUUGCCUCACUGGGGUCUGUACAUUUUUUCUCUGGCGCAGCUUUUGUAUACUGCUGUUCUGGUGCUCUGCUAUGUGAUUUAUUUAAUAAAACUACUGCAUUCCCCAGAAUCAACCAAGCAACUAACUCUUCCUGUCUCCAGAAUAUCACAACUAUUGCCCACUAUUACAAGAAGCAGAGCAUUUGUCAAUUGGAAAGAGGCUAAAUUGACUUGGAGUUUUUUCAAACAGUCUUUCUUGAAACAGAUUUUGACAGAAGGUGAACGAUAUGUGAUGACAUUUUUGAAUGUAUUAAACUUUGGCGACCAGGGCGUAUAUGAUAUAGUGAAUAAUCUCGGGUCCCUUGUGGCCAGGCUAAUUUUCCAGCCAGUAGAGGAGAGUUUUUAUAUAUUCUUUGCUAAGGUACUAGAGAGGGAAAAGGAUGCCACACAUCAGAAACAGGAGGACGUUGCUGUGGCUGCUGUGGUUUUGGAGUCUCUCCUGAAGCUGGCCGUGCUGACUGGCCUGACCAUCACUGUAUUUGGCUUUGCCUAUUCUCAACUGGCUCUGGAUAUCUAUGGAGGAGCCAUGCUUAGUUCAGGAUCGGGUCCUGUGUUGAUGCGUUCCUAUUGUCUCUAUGUCCUCCUGCUUGCAAUCAAUGGUGUGACCGAGUGUUUCACAUUUGCGGCCAUGAGCAAAGAGGAAGUUGACAGGUACAACUUCACCAUGCUGGCACUGUCUUCCUCAUUUUUGGUCUUAUCCUAUCUCCUGACCAGUUGGUGUGGCAGUGUGGGCUUCAUCUUGGCCAACUGCUUUAACAUGGGCAUUCGGAUCACACAGAGCCUUUACUUCAUCCAUCACUACUUCCAGAGGAGCCCCCACAGACCUCUGGCUGGCCUGCGCCUGUCGCCAAUCCUCCUUGGGGUGUUUGCCCUCAGUGGUGGCGUUACUGGUGUUUCAGAGGCGGUCCUCUGCUGUGAUCAGGGCUGGUCUGCUAGACUGGCACACAUCGCUGUGGGGACCAUCUGCUUAGGAGUGACCCUUGGGACAGCAUUCUUCACAGAGACCAAGCUAGUCCACUUUCUCAGGACUCAGUUUGGUAGAUCCAGACUCAGUGACAAAAUGACAUGACUUUGAUGCUGCUCUGACACUUUUGGUACCUGGACCCACUGUGGAGUGGUUCUUGGACAGCAUGUGUCGCUGUGCAAAAGUCCUUCUGUGAAUGAACGUCACCCUGGAAAUGAUGCCAGAGAAGAGAACGCCUAGUUGAAGCCUUCCAACUGAAGGAGGAAUAUCCCUUUAAGUGAAGACCAAAAGUCCAUUUUGUUAAUGAAUUAAUUCCUUCUGCAUGUGAUUGACCUUUGAAGUUAUAUCUUCUAAUGAACUGUCUUAGAUGUUAAUGGUUAGUCAUCAUUUGACCAAGAAAAAGCGUUGUAGCCAGUGACCCAUCACAAGAUUCUGUAAAAGUAGUAGGGAGCCCUGAACUCACACCAAACAAGAACAAA